GUAAUUGCCUAUGUCCGGAAGGUAGGCACCACCAGCCGGGACCCUGCGGAGAAAACCGGAUCUUGGCGGCUGGCUAAAAUAGUGCUCGCCAUAGCGUCCCCCGGUGGCCGGGCAGGACCUCGGACAGCACCCACGACUCCACUCCUGAGCGCCUUUUGGGCUUUCCGGCAGCCCUGCAAGAGCUGCAGCUGCUUCCAGUGUUAGCAGCCUCCAAAUUCUCGCCACCACACCCCUCCUUCAGAAACUGGGACUGUUCGCGCCUGUAGUGUGGCUUUUUCUCUUCAGAAAGACCCGUGUGUUAUCGCUCAAGUCCAAGUCGCGAGGACUUGCCCAGUCUCCUCCCCUUAAGUCAUUCUCCAUCCUCUGGCAACCGCAGAAAGCCGGGAAUCCUGGGCUGCUGGUCCCAGUGCCAGCACUGGCAGUCCGAUUCUGUCGGGCGCAGCAGCCCGGCACAUUCGCCCCUCUCCCUCCCUUUCUCUCUUCCUCUCUUUUCUUCUCUUCUUGCCCCUCCUUCUCUUGCCUGUUAAGUUUCCUGCACUGUGAAUUCAACUGUACCAAGCCUAAGCUCCGGCGGACCAAUCCCGAGCGCGACCCGGGCACUGGGACACCGACUCCACCAAGGCUGGACGAGGCACUUGGACCCGUCCUCAGCGGAGCAUGGAGACCGAGCUCCAGGAAAGGAACGUCCCAGGCGCUGGAGACGCCAGGCCCCAGUAGCUCCUCCAUGGAGCCUUCUCAGAGAGGUCCCUGCUCGCUACAUUCGCCUCCAGUCCUGUGCGGCUGCUGAGAGCGCUCCUUGCUCUGUAAAGUGGAUGUCAGGUGGAUCUAUGUUUUUGAAGGAACAAAGACUCUGCGAAGGCACCGGCAAGGAAGUUUGAGAGGAGGGAGGAUGCAGGCUGCGUGCUGGUACGUGCUUCUCCUCCUGCAGCCCACCGUCUACUUGGUCACGUGUGCCAAUUUAACAAAUGGUGGAAAGUCAGAACUUCUGAAGUCCGGAAGCAGCAAAUCCACACUUAAGCACAUAUGGACAGAAAGCAGCAAAGAUUUGUCUAUCAGCCGGCUCCUGUCACAGACUUUCCGUGGCAAAGAAAAUGACACAGAUUUGGACCUGCGCUAUGACACCCCAGAACCUUAUUCUGAGCAAGACCUCUGGGACUGGCUGAGGAACUCCACAGACCUUCAGGAGCCUCGGCCCAGGGCCAAGAGGCGGCCCAUUGUUAAGACGGGCAAGUUUAAGAAAAUGUUUGGAUGGGGUGAUUUUCAUUCCAACAUCAAAACAGUGAAGCUAAAUCUGUUGAUAACUGGGAAAAUUGUAGAUCAUGGCAAUGGAACGUUUAGUGUAUAUUUCAGGCAUAAUUCCACUGGUCAAGGGAAUGUAUCUGUCAGCUUGGUGCCCCCAACAAAAAUCGUGGAAUUUGACUUGGCACAACAAACUGUGAUUGAUGCCAAAGAUUCCAAGUCUUUCAACUGUCGCAUUGAAUAUGAAAAGGUUGACAAAGCUACCAAGAACACACUCUGCAACUAUGACCCUUCAAAAACCUGUUACCAGGAGCAGACCCAAAGUCAUGUGUCCUGGCUCUGCUCCAAGCCCUUCAAGGUGAUCUGCAUUUACAUUUCCUUUUAUAGUACAGACUACAAACUAGUACAGAAAGUGUGCCCUGACUACAACUACCACAGUGACACACCUUACUUCCCCUCGGGAUGAGGAUGAAUAAGGCUUGAGACUGAAGCCUGAGGAAUUCAAGGUCAAAGGACAGGGCUGUUACCUUAAGGAAGAAGGUCACAUCUGUUGCCUGGAAUGUGUCUACACCACUGCUCUUGUCGACUGGUGCAAACAUAUUAGUGGAAAACAAUCCAUAUAAUUUUUGCCCAGUCAGCUUCAUCUCUCAGCAUAGUUGUAAAUCACCAUAGAUCGUAAAGUCACCUGAAGACAUGCUCUCACAGAGGCACACGAGCACACCCACUCUUGCACAUUUCAGCUUGCAUCUAUCAAGGUUCCCGUUGAGAGCACUUUCACUGUCUGACUUUUGAUGGUUCAGGAUAAACUGUGAUCAAAAAAAAGGAUUACCUAGACAGAAGAUGUGUCUAACACUCGCUGUUAUGGAAAUCUCUUUUAAAGUUUUGAGUCCAUGCUAAUGAAUAAUCCCCACUCAUGCAUUCCUACUGCUUGGAGUAGCUGUGCUGGUGAAUACUACCGUAGGAGUUAUAUGCUUGUUAAAUGGAAAAAUGUGUCUUUAGAGCUCAGUAUUCUUUAUUUUAUGAACACAACAAAGUGUAGUAACUUUUUCCCAGCAUACAGUAGGCACAUUCAAGGUGAUACAGGACGGUUCUUCUUUCUAUGGAGGGAGGAGUCCAUUCUCAGUAUAGAUGAGCAAACACUUGGAAUUUACAUGUGGCAGACACCAGGAUUACACCUUUCAUCGCCAAUCACUGGACCUUUGCUAUGAGAACAACUAAGACUGCUUAACACAAGUUCUGAUCAUUAUAUAAGAAGGGAAAUGCCUGGCAGACACCAUGUAAGUUAUGUGUCUGUCUUAUCUUUACUACACAUAUUGUAACAAAUUCAAUAUCUUAGUCUUCAUUUGUAUGAAUGGUUUGUAUUGUACAUAGUUUAACCAAGUGUCAUUUGAGCUGCUUAUUAAUAUUAAAUUGUACUCGUCUCUCUGCUUGUUAUUGGUUAAAAAAGAAAAAAGGAAUCUGAGGAAUCCAUUUUAUCAAUGUAGCUGUGAACUCCAUUAAAAGACAAACUUAAUGUACAAAGCAUCUAUUCAGCUCAAGUAUUGUUAAAAGCUAUACAUAUUCAACAUUACACUGUCUGUAUUUAGAUAUUUUAUUUCUGGACAAAAAGAAAUGUACAUAAAAAUAAAACACUUAAAUUUGAGUUUCAA